AUGUCUUUCGCGGAUCUCUCAGCAGUGCAACGCUGUUCCUUGCCAAAGGAAACGUUUCGAUGGGCCAAUCUGACUUGUGAUCUUGCAAGGAGUACCAGCAGUUGUGGAACAUUUGUCUAUCUUAUAAAUUACUUAACAUAUUUUUUCUGCUUCUAUAAACUACCACACAUAUCAAUAUUCGGCUGGAUAAGUGCGUUUCUAUUGUUGGUGUACUUUAAUCUGCUGUAUAUGCUAACGAAAUAUUUUUUUAUGCCAAAUUUGAUAACACUCAUUGAGUUCGCACCCAUGACAAAGUUUGGUUUCAGUUUUCUAUUCUUCGGGCCAAGUUUUUUUUUAUCGUAUUUCAACAGUGUCUGGGCAAUGUGCGAUCCUCGAGGAGAUAUCCUGAGUCCAAUGUCCUUUGCCAAAAUUAUGGGAGACGUUAUGCGAAACUUUGUGAUUGGAAUUAUGGCGAUCAGUAAGCAAGGAUAUCGAUCUGAAGGCGUUACCCUUUGGUCCUGCAUGACUUUUAUCUUAGUCGGAAUGGGCUAUCUGCAUAUAGUUACCAAGAAAUCAUACCAUGUUCAUACGGCGGAUCCGGAUUUAUAUUUAAUCAAAUUUCGAGUGAUGGUCUUUCUGUAUACUUUUGUCAUGGUUUUAUUGGUGAUCUAUGUCGUGUCACAUGCCACUUUUAAACGGAGUUUACCGAAAGAUAAUACGAAAUCGUACACGUUUUUGGAUAUGGAUAGCGGGGAUGAGAUCCUGGGCAAAUACCAGAAACAAAGAGUCUUUUCCAAACGUCAGCUUUGGGUAAAGGCGGUUAAUGGAUUUCAAAAUAUGAAGGAUUCCCAUGUGGUUUAUAGGGUUCUAAUGUUGCCAUUCUAUUUUAUUGUAUCUAACUUUUUCCCGGUUAUUACCAAAGAUCGCUUUCUGGUCGGCUGGAACAAAUAUGUUUGCUUUUUGUGCCUAAUUGUCCUACCAUUCUUAUGCCUAUCUAAUGGAUUCACAGCUGCCAGUUGGGCAAUUUUGCUCAAGACUUGCUGGGCUCUCAGCAUUGUAACCUUCAUUACCACUCACCCGUUUAGGAGACCCGAUAAUGUCUGUAUUUUUGCCCUCCUUGGCAUAAUCGUUAGUUCGGUGUCCAUGAAUAUACUUAGUCAUGAGAUAGAGAAUAUAGCCUGGCAGUAUAUUAGCCUCCAGUUCGAUGUGAUGCCCGAUAUCACGGCUUUGAUGUACUUCGGAAUGGGUGAAAUCUUCAGUGAGGCCGUCAUCGUAAGGUGUCUGCAAGGGAAAAAGAUGUUUGACGCCGCCUUUGGAGUCGUAAUGAGCAUGGUGACAUAUCCGAUCUUUUUAGCAUUUCCUCUCCUCUACUACCAGGGAUGCUAUAAUCCCAGGUGCAGUAUAAUUGUCACAGCUUCGACGGAUACUGGCGUUCAAUUCAUUUUUCUCAUCGUGACCAUGAGUCUGCUGCACAUUUCCAUGAGUGGCUAUGAGUUUCGAGUGUCACUGUUUUUGUACGUCUCGACAUUGACGGUCAUUUAUGUGACCAUCCAAUGGAUGAUUCACUUUAAUUGGAUACUUUCCCAUCGCCACUCUUUAUAA